AUGUCAACUGAAUAUUUAACAAAUGAACAACAAGAUUGUUCAACAACAACAUCAAAUGAAAUAUCAUCAACAAUACAUAUUAAUGGCCAUAAUGAUACAUUAUAUAAAUCAUCAAAUAUGAAUCAAAAUCAAAUAACAACAUCUUCAUUAGAACAAACAACUGAAACUCAUACAAAAGAACUUCUUGAUGAAGCAUUAGAUAGUGUUAAAAAUGUUUUAAUGCAAACAUUUAAAAAAAAUUUAGAAUCUGGUGGUGAUCUUAAUGCUUUAAAAAGUACAUUAGGUUCGGAUGAAGUUGCUGAAGUAUUUCUUGCUAAAUUAAGACAAUCCCUCAAACGUGAUACUGAGAAUGAAACCAAAUCUCAAGAAAUUCAUCUUGAUAUCGAUAAUCAUUUAUCUGAAAUGCCAUCAUCAUCAUCAUCAUCAUCUCGAAAUACAAUGAUAUCUCCAGUAAUGAAUGUUGUUUCAUCUCCAUUAUUACCAUCAAUAUCAACAAUAACUAAUAAAAAUCUUUCGCCACAAUCUCCAACAACAACAACGACGACAAUUGUAAAUAAUAAAAGAAAAUCUUCUACAUUAUCGACAAAUUCAAAUCGUUUGGAUGUUACAACUGAAGAUGAAUCAAUUAAACCUCUUCUUCAAGAUAUUCUUCAAAUAAAUCUUGAUAUUGUUUUUGUAAUUAAAUCUAUUAUUAAUUUUCCUGUUGGAAUUAAUCCAAGUCUUCUUGCUGUACAUAAAGAACAUCAUUAUGGUGGACCAGGAAAUCAUUUUUGGAAAUUAUUACAUAUGUCUGGUUUAAUACCAAAUAUAUUAAAUGCUAAUGAUGAUUAUCGUAUGCCACAAUAUGGUAUUGGUUUUACAAAUAUUGUACAAAGACCAUCAAAAGCUGGAUCAGAUAUAACAAAAGAUGAAAUAACUGCUGGUGCAGAAACUUUAAUGCAAAAAAUCAAAAUGUAUAGACCAAAAAUUGUUGCAUUUAAUGGACGAGGUAUUUAUGAAGUUUAUGCUGGAAAUAAACAUUUUCAUUAUGGAAAACAACCGGAUUUAUUUCCAGGAACAGAUACUCAUGUUUUUGUAAUGCCAUCAUCAAGUGCUCGUUGUUCUCAAUUACCACGUGCUGAAGAUAAAUUACCAUUUUAUAUUGGUUUAAGAAAAUUACGUGAUUUUGUUAAUGGUACAUUACAUUCAUUAAAUGAAGCUGAAAUAACAUUUCCCGAUAUAAAAAUAAAAGAUAUCGAUGAUGUUUUACAAAAAACAGUUAUACGUAUUAGUAAUAAACCAUUUUCAGAAUUAUCCGCUGAAACACUUAAACCUUAUGGUGAUAAAAUCCCAUCUGGACAAAUGAUAUCAAAACAUAUAUCAUCAUCACCAUCACCGUCACCAACAUCACCAAAUUUUAUUUUUAAUACAGAUGCAUUAACAUCACAAACAAUGUCGAUUUUACAUAAUACAAAUCAUCAACAAAAUGAAAAUUUACUUACAUAUGAUCAACAAUCACAAAAUAAUGUAAAUUAUACAUCAUCAAUAAAUCAACAACAACAACGUUUAUUAACAAAUGGAAAUAUAUCAACAAAAAAUUCUUCUAUUGAUAAUUCCUCUUCAAAUACAAAUGCAGCUGUACUUGCUGCAUUAGCUAGUGGAGGAUAUAAUAAUAAUUCAUCAUUAUCUCAAUCUCAACAAACAUACUAUCAACCAUCACAAACUGUUUAUCUUGCCGGACAACAACAACCACAACAAUCUUCAUCUCUAAACAACAAUUCAACAAUACUAAAUUCUCGUUCAUCAACACCAAUCUCAUCUUAUGUAGUUCAUAAUCCUUCACAGUCAACAUCAACUCAUUAUCAAACGAUGUCUUCUUCUUCUUCUUCCUCAUCAUUAUCUUCUCAAUUUGUUUCUCGUCAAUUAACUGUUAUUAAUUCAUCUGAAUCGUUACCAUCAUUUAAUACAAUACUUAAUAAUCGAUCACCACAAAUAUUUUCAAAAGAUUCGAUAUCUAGUCAACCAUCCAUACCAAAACAAACUUUAAUUGUCCUACCAUCAACUCUAAAAUCAAAUUUAUCAACAAAACCAUCGACUAUAAUUCUUCCUAAAUUAUCAAAUUCAACUGAAAAACGUUUAUUAAAUACAACAGAUGAUUGUUUAUAUGUUCGUUAUGAUCGUGAAACAAGUUCAAUAAAUUCUGAUCAAUAUCGUUUUUCAUAUGUUAUCGAUGAAGAUUCACCAUCAUUACAUAAACGUUUACGAUAUGUAUCAAUAAAUGAUUUAUAA